UUGUUUUUUUACUUUUCAUGAUGACGGGAGAGGCUCUGCCUCCCCUGAUAGGUUAAUGCUGCUGUAGUUACUACAGCAGCAUUAACCUACCGAUACUUGCAAAACCUGACACGCGUCACAUGUUUAGGAAUCAAACUAAAUUCUGUGUCUCUUCUGCCUCUACGUGCCCGUGUUUCCCUCGCGAGACCGAUGCACCACAUAAAUCUCGCAGUGAUGGCUGCGACUCCCGAGACGGAGAGUUUGGAGUCUCGUAUCAACAGAGCCACAAACCCACUUAACAGAGACACGGACUGGAGCAGCAUCAAUGGCUUCUGUGAGCAGCUCAACAAUGAUUUGGAGGGACCUCAGCUGGCCACCAGGCUCCUGGCCCACAAGAUCCAGUCUCCACAGGAGUGGGAGGCCCUGCAGGCCCUGCUGGUUCUGGAGACGUGUAUGAAAAACUGUGGGAAAAGGUUUCACAGUGAAGUGGGCAAGUUCCGUUUUCUCAAUGAACUCAUCAAAGUAGUUUCUCCAAAGUACCUGGGCUCACGGUCACCCGAGCCAGUAAAAAACAAGGUUUUGGAGUUGAUCUUCAGCUGGACUCUGGGAUUACCUGAUGAGGCCAAGAUCUCAGAUGCCUAUCAGAUGCUGAAGAAACAAGGUAUUAUUAAACAAGACCCAGAGCUGCCACCUGACAAACUACUGAACCUUCCUCCACCCAGACCCAAGAAUGCCAUUUUUGAGGACGAGGAGAAGUCAAAAAUGUUGUCUCGCCUGUUGAAUAGCUCGCACCCUGACGACCUGAAAGCUGCCAACAAACUCAUCAAGGAAAUGGUCCAAGAGGAUCAGAAGCGAGCAGAGAAGGUGUCGAAGCGCGUGAACGCCAUUCAGGAGGUGAAGGAGAGCGUCACUUUGCUGACUCAGCUUCUGCAGGACUAUGACGGCACCGCCGACAAUCAGAGCAACGGCGAACUCGUACAGGACCUGUACCAGCGCUGCGAGAAAAUGAGACCCACACUGUUCAGACUGGCAAGUGACACGGAGGACAACGACGAAGCUCUCGCUGAGAUCCUGCAGGCCAACGACAGCCUGACUCAGGUCAUCAACCAAUACAAGCAGCAGGUGAAGGGGGAGAUGGUGAACGGCAACAACACAUUAAACGCACACAAGCAAACAGGUGGAGGGACGGCCCUGCUGGAUCUGUCGGGAUUGGACACAUCGCCACAGUCGCCGCCGUCUUUCCCAGAGUUUCACACUCCGACGGAUAACGCCCCCUCGCAAGAGAUGGGGAUCAGUCUCCUCGACGACGAGCUCAUGUCGCUCGGUUUAAGUGAAGGGACACACACCUCCAACCCUCCCUCACAGCCGGAGGACUCCACAGCCUGGGACUCCUUCCAGUCUUCUGACAGUAUAGACGCAGACAUCCCUGCAGCACCCAGUCUCCUCCUGAGUCCAGAUCCGCCCUCCCACCCUCAGCCCCUUUCGUCUGGCUCCACCCCAGGGAACUCGGCCCUGGACGAGCUGGACCUGCUGGGAAAGACACUGAUGCAGCAGUCCCUGCCUCCAGAGGGCCUGCAGGUCAAAUGGGACAAGCAGCAGUGCAAACCAACUCUGAGAGAUCUCCAGAGCAAGUCUGGGUGCAACAUCACCCCAAACCCCAUCCCCACCUUCGCAGCUGAACCUCCCGCACCUCUCAACUCUCAGCCCAACCUUGCAGUGACGUUGCUGGAUAUGUCCCCGACUCACACCGAGACUCCUCCUGCAGAAGUCACCCUGACGGAUGUUUUUGUACCGCUAGAAUCCAUUAAGCCCAGUAGUCUGUUACCUGUGACUGUGUUUGACGGACACAGUCUGCGGGUUCUUGUUCACUUUGCUCGCGACUCGCCUCCGUCUCGUCCCGAUGUGCUGGUGGUGAUCAUCUCCAUGUUGUCCUCCGCUCCUGUCCCCGUCACCAACAUAAGCUUCCAGACUACAGCUCUAAAGUCUAUGGCAGUGAAGCUGCAGCCCCCAUCAGGCACAGAGCUCCCAGCUUUCAACCCCAUCCUUCCUCCUGCUGCCGUCACUCAGAUUCUGCUGCUGGCAAACCCAGACAAGGAGAAAGUGCAGCUGCAGUACACAUUAACCUUCACCAUGGGCGAGCAGGAGCACAGUGAGAGCGGCGGUCUAGAACAGUUUCCUCCUCCAGAUACGUGGGGGAACCUAUAGCAUUUCAAACUCAACCACAACCUGACAGACUCUCUGCUUCCUUCCUAAACAACUCACCACUCUCCAUAUGCCUGUUUUCCUUUUGUAAACACAUUGUACUUUCUUUGAUCGCUCUUGAUUUUUAUUUUUUAUUUUCCUCAGAUGACGCUCAUUCUCAGUCAGUGUAACGAGUGUAUGCUUUGCUCUGUGUCUAGGUCUGCUGUAUGUGGCUGCUUUAAAACAAACCUGCAACAUGCUGCCCCGGGAGUUGUUGCAGUCUUGUCAUAUUGUUUUUAACAGACGGAGCUACGAAGGAACGACAUCAAAUGUGUGCAUAUUUGCUCAUUUGGUGUGCUUGAAGUGUUUCACUUGGGGCACAGUCAGUUUGAAUCAAACAUAAGUUGCGUUUACCUUCACGUCUGCAUGCUCUUCCAACACGGGACACAAUGCUUGCAAAAUCCAGCACUCCGAGAAAGGACGUAAGCAUUACAUAGACGCAGCUCAUCUUAGUUUGCAAGACAAAUAUACUUACGGUUUUGUGGUGUGUAUUUUCUAAUGAGUGAAUAUCGGCCUACUUUUUUUAUUUGCACAGAAUGAUUUUGAUUGUACUGUUUUCCUGUCUUUUCCCCAUCUUGUGUAAAGAACGUUUACUGUAACAUCGGAGUUGUGUAUCAUCUGCCAUAUGUGCCUAUUUUGCAGUUCUAACUUGAUUUAACUUUUGUUGCGGUUUGUUUUUCUCAUCUGUUUAGUCAUUAGGUUGUCUGAGAUACAGAUAAGCUUCAUUAUAACCUUAAAUUCUUAAUAUAUUCAAAGCAUUUAUUUUCAGUAGCUUAUAAAUUACAUUUAAUCUUUUCUUUAGCUUGUAAUUUUAAGCAUUUUAUUAUUUCAGCAUUUAUUGGGUAAAACUGAAUAUCAUGCAAACUGAGAUGAACCCAGGGGUUUGUUUCUACAGUCUGCGAUGCAUGUCAGCCACGCUGAACACUUCCUCCUCCCCACAGGCUCAUCACAUUCCGCUGCACUACUCUCAAUAUGACUGCUUUGUAAAUACCAAAUGAUGGCAGUCCUGUUAUGUAUAUUUGACUUGUGCAAUGUGCAAGAGCAUAACCCUGGUAAAAUAUUCCAAAUGGGUAAUAAAGUUUUUUUUCUUGGUGA